GAGGGUCUGAGCGCUCCCGAACUCCCUUUAGUUUGUGUCUGGGCGCUCCCGCGGACGCGCGCUCAGUGACGUCAGAGCGGCAGCAGAGAGACAGAGACGAAGAUAGCGGGACAGAUCUGAAGGGACAGACAUAGCGACAAUACAGAGAAAGAUUCGUCGCCCGUUCGCUGUCGCUGGCACACUGGGACUCAUCUCCAUCCCUCCUGUUCCAGCUCUAAUCAGGAAACUAACCCUCACAAACCCACCGCCGGGAGAAGGACCCGGGACCCCCUCCGCCCGCUCCCGCCGGACCCGGGACUCCCCCCCGAGCAGUCAUGGGCUGCACACUGAGCGCGGAGGAGAGAGCAGCGCUGGAGAGGAGCAAACAGAUCGAAAAAAACCUUAAGGAGGAUGGAAUCAGCGCUGCCAAGGAUGUCAAACUGCUGCUGCUAGGGGCUGGGGAAUCUGGGAAAAGCACCAUUGUGAAGCAGAUGAAAAUUAUCCAUGAAGAUGGAUUCUCAGGAGAGGAUGUCAAGCAGUACAAGCCUGUGGUUUACAGUAACACAAUCCAGUCUCUGGCAGCCAUUGUCCGUGCCAUGGAUACUCUGGGCAUUGAGUAUGGUGACAAAGAAAGAAGGGCUGAUGCCAAGAUGGUGUGUGAUGUGGUGAGCCGUAUGGAAGAUACAGAACCUUUCUCUCCUGAGCUGUUAUCUGCCAUGAUGAGACUUUGGGCAGACUCUGGAAUUCAGGAAUGCUUCAACCGAUCCAGGGAAUACCAGCUUAAUGACUCUGCUAAAUACUACCUAGACAGUUUAGAUCGGAUCGGAGCUGCUGAUUAUCAGCCUACAGAACAGGAUAUCCUGCGAACCAGAGUGAAGACCACUGGAAUUGUAGAAACUCACUUCACCUUCAAAAACCUUCACUUCAGGCUGUUUGAUGUUGGGGGACAACGAUCAGAACGCAAGAAAUGGAUUCAUUGUUUUGAGGAUGUCACAGCUAUCAUCUUCUGUGUGGCACUUAGUGGGUACGACCAGGUCCUUCACGAAGAUGAGACAACGAACCGGAUGCAUGAAUCCCUCAAACUUUUUGACUCCAUCUGUAACAACAAGUGGUUCACUGACACAUCCAUCAUUCUGUUCCUGAAUAAGAAGGAUAUCUUCCAAGAGAAAAUCAAGAGCUCUCCUCUCACUAUCUGCUUUCCGGACUACACAGGUCCCAACUCAUUUACCGAAGCCGUAGCCCACAUACAGCAUCAGUAUGAGAGCCGGAACAAGUCUCAGACCAAGGAGAUUUAUACCCAUGUCACCUGCGCUACAGAUACUCAGAACAUCCAGUUUGUGUUUGAUGCAGUCACAGAUGUCAUCAUUGCCAAUAAUCUGCGCGGUUGUGGCCUUUACUAAGCAGCAGGCUUUUUGAAGCAGAAUAAUGAAAGCUGAGGAGCAACAGGAGCAGUCUUUGUACCCAGACACAGCCAGACUUUUUUUUUUUUUUUUUUUUAUAAAAAAAAAAAAAAAACCUUUUACUAAUUUUGGUUAUAUUGAAUCCCCUGGUCAACUGUUAAACACUGCAUGUACCAAUGUGCAUUUUCCUACCUGUUGCGUUUUUCUUGGAUAUCUAUGGAAUUAUUUCAUAGUGGGAACCAUGGUUGACCAGGUUCUGUAUGAAAUUGUUGAGCAACACUUCCUUCUGUAAGGCUCAGAUUGUCUAAGGCUCUUUUCUUUCCUGUGAAUUGUAGUUUGUUCCAAUUCUAAAUCAUCUGCCUUGAUGGGCUGCUACUGAAUCUCAUUUUUAAAUAGGAUUUCUAAAUCUGUUCAGCUACUGUACAUAAGGAUAUUCAGUAGGAUUUCAGUAACUGUUCAGCUACUGUACAUAAGGAUAUUCAGUAGGAUUUCAGUAACUGUUCAGCUACUGUACAUAAGGAUAUUCAGUAGGAUUUCAGUAACUGUUCAGCUACUGUACAUAAGGAUAUUCUUUCCACUAAUAGGUCAAGGUGCCAAAACCUUUCCAUGUUAGCUGUAUCAGUGUUAGGCUAAAAUAUCAUUGGUUAAAUACCUGAUCCGUAUGAAGAGCAAUCUGUUUUCAACCACAAACCAUUCUGCUUACUACAAUAAUUAUUGGGUCAAUGGUCACACCAUUUCUCAAACUAAAAGUUGCGACACACAGAGAUAUAAAAUUGUGCAUAAUUGUGUGUGGCAAACAAGCUGUCCCCACUGAUAUGCAUGUACUAUGGAUAUCUGUUAAUUUAUUGAUUUGGCAGGUUAACUAAUUAAAUCUGCCCCUGAACAGUGCAGUCAAUCGGUCAAACCCUUUAGGGAUCAGCCCAUGGUCGCCUUUAGCACUGGGCAAGAAGAACACAGAAGCCACCUUAUUGCAGCAGUAGUUAAAAAUGUAUAAGAUAGAUGCUAAAUGGUUCAUUCUGUGAUGCCCCCUAACUCCAUUUCAUCAGAUAGAUCCAUUCCUGGAUUUUAACUACCUUAUUUCACUUAAUGAAAUUUUGGUUUGCAAUGGGGUUUUUAUUAAAUGGACUGUAUCAUAAUGUCCCUGAGGGCAUGAAACUACCAUCUGCUCCCUAGAGAUAUCCUAUAGUAGAAAGACUAUCACUAUUUCCUGUCACACCGAUGUUCUCUGUUAAUACCUAAUAAUAGUAAUAUAUUCGAAAAUCCAUGGUUUAUGUUUACUUGCCAUAAUUAGGUUAGGUUUAUGCAAAUAUACCUUAAGCUUUAUUUUAAUAAAGUUUGUAUGUUGGCUCUCUGUAAUGUGACUAGUAAACUCCGAGCAUUUGCCGCUGUCUGAUACCUUACUGGCUUUCUAUACAUGAUCCAGAUAGUAAAACUUGUUCGGGCAAGUGGCAUGUACAAUACAUUUAUAAGCACAAAAAGGAUCAAAUCUGUAUUUUAUUACAUUUUGCAGCAAAUUGAAAAGAUGCAGAGCACCAUUGCUUCCUAGUGCGCCACCUGCUCUGCUGUUAAUCUGUGGAGAAAUCUCCACCAAUCUCCACCAUUUCUGAGCUUUCUGAAUGCAUAAGUUGUUUUAUUUCAUUUAGCUUCCCCUUAAAUAGGCAGUAUAGUGGCAAAGCUCUGUACAGUGCAUGCACAUAUGCUGUCUUGGCUGAGGCUUUCCCUCAUGGGCAUGACUGUUAGUCCGGAUUGUCUUAUUGAAGGCUCUGAACAAUGCUGCUCCUACUCAUUGGUGAGAUGUGUUGGAUUGGAUGGUUUCUUUGUUGGAUAAAUCUAACAUUACAUGCUUCAGUAGUGUGUAAGAUAAGACGUUUACCUGAGGUUGUAAAGCUAAAUUUCUGUCACUCUUAUUGCAGGCCCAGACUGGCAAUCUGUGGAUUCUGGCGAAUGCCAGAGGGGCUGCUGUAAGAUACCAUAGACAGUCAAUAUUAGGCUGGUUGGGGGUUGGUUGCACCUCUGUGUCUUCAGAUGCCAGGACCUCUUUUACUUCCAGUCCAGACUUGUUCUGUUGGAUUCUGCACACCUUUAUACGUGAAACAAAAAUGCCUGGGGACCCAGUUGCCCUGAAAAAUGCCAGCCAUGGGCAGUGUUCUGACCUGCAAAAUGGUAUUGGCACAGAUUGGUAUUUGUAUAGAUUUGAUAAAUUAACUUUUUUUAGUGUGCCAUUCAAGCUUUUUACUUGAAGGUAUAUAUGAAACUUUAUUAUGGGUUGACCCCUGUUUAUUACCACCUCCUUUUGUCCUUCAUGUUGAUAUUAAUGGAUGUGUUCAUUCAUGGGCAUUAAUGACAGGCUGCCAUGCAUUGACUUGGUUGCACUGUUAUUCAAACAGUUCACUUUGUCGCUGUCACAGCUCAAAUGUAUCAAAUAUAUAUAUAUAUAUAUAUAUAUAUAUAUAUAUAUAUAUAUAUAUAUAUAUAUAUAUGGUGUCAGACUGGGCCUCUGAGGGCCCACCAGAGAACAUAACACUAUUAUCACAGCAAAUAGAUUGUGCCAAAAUGUAAUUUUUUUUGUUAUUUAAGCCCGUAUGGAAAAAAAGGACAAGAUGAUGAGAAUUGUCCCAAGCUUGGGGCCUGUACCCACUGGGAGAUCCUCUGGUUGGCCAGUCCAGCCCUGAUGAAGCCCAACAUCGCUAGGGAAUAAAUUAGUGAAUAUAGAUGAAACUAUUAUAUGAAUUUUGCCCACUAGCAACAUUUUAAUUCUGUUUGGUUUUCUCCUCUGUGUUCUAAAUCCCUGAUAUUAUUUUUUAUGCAUACUGUAAGGUUUGAUCAUUUCACUUUUUUGUUAAUUUGAAGUAACUGGCUGUCUGUGCCUCCAAACCAGUCCUCAUCUGAAAUACAGAAACUGAUAACUAUCUUUAGCCUGCCAGGAAUUUAAAGUUUUGUUAAUUGAAGCACAAAAUGUCUACUUCAUAUGGGGAUACAUAGUGUGCGUUACUUACAAAACAUGUCAUUUUGGGGGUAAAAAAGGAUUCCCCAUUUAUUAGAUCAGUGUUAAUAUUUUUGUUUUGUUUUUUGAAUUGGACCCAAAUUGUGGAAGUCAUCUUGGUCAUGCAAGAUUUGGAUCAAAUUAAUUCAACAUUAUCUCCCUUUAUUUGCAUUUGUCGGAGCUACAGCAGUUAAAGAGUAUGUCAGUUGCUUGCAUUAUUCAGAUAGGAUUUUCUUUCUUUCUACUAGGUAUUUGUCCACUUAAAGGGCCAGUAACAUCAGAAAGGAACAAUUUACAUUUAUAAAUCAUAUCUGCCUGUCCAGCAUCUCCUAAAUUGUAUUAGCAAAUUAUUCAUUCUAUAGGAGUGUAGAGAGUAAUGGAUGACACUUGUCUCCUGUUUAUCUCCACAUAGCUGCUAAGCAAAUGUAUUCUAAAUAGUGCAUCUGUUAAAUGGUCUGCAUGGGCACUGCAGGCCUACUGGACCUUGGAUAGCGUUGUUCUUGGCUACAAAGUAGCUUAUUUAUAUAAACUAUUAUGGAUUCUGAGGCAAACAUGCAUUUUUAUACACAUGCAGGGUAACAUUACAUUUAUUUAAAUGUAUAUACACUCAUUUUAUUAUAACUAUUUUGGUGUUACCGGCCCUUUAAGAAUGAACAGUAUUUUUUAAAACAUGUACAUAUAUAAAAACGAUGUAUCAUAAAUUAUGAUGGCAAAUCUAAAUAACAAAAUGUUUAGCUUAUGAAUAACCAAAGUAAUCUUCAUGUCAAAAUCUGCGGUCUUUUUCUAGAACGCACCUAAAUACAGGUAUCGGACCCCUUAUCCGGAAACCCGUUAUCCAGAAAGUUCCGAAUUACGGAAAGCCCGUCUCCCAUAGACUCCAUUAUAAGCAAAUAAUUCAGAAUUUUUAAACUGAUUUCCUUUUUUUUAUGUAGAAAUAAAACAGAACCUUGUAAUUUAUCCCAACUAAGAUAUAAAUAAUCCUUAUUGGAUGCAAAACAAUCCUAUUGGGUUUAAUUAAUGUUUUAUUAAUUUUUUAGUAGACUUAAGGUAUGGAGAUCCAAAUUAUGGAAAGACCCCUUAUCCGGAAUACCCUUGGUCCCGAGCAUUCUGGAUAAUGGGUCCUAUACCUGUAUGAAGUUCGCCUAUGUUAUAAAGAGAAUUAAAACAGAUACAUUGUAUUUUAACGUUGAUAGAGUCUAAUUUAUGUUGAGUAUAAACUCAAUCCAUUUUAUUAAUAAUUGUACAGUGUGUUUAUAUAGAUACAAUGUGUUACACGCAAACUGCAUAAUAAAAGAUGUCUGCAAUUUUCAAGAAAA